AGUGCUGUCAGUGCUAUGAAAGUGACGCCAAAUCAAUGAACAGCUGAUGCACUCUAACUGUCAUUCAGUGACCACUAUUUGGCUCUCAAUUCAUGUGUUUUAUGUUUAAUUACAAUCAUCUCAUUCAUUAGCCACACAUACAUUCAUUGCAUAGUUAUUAUGUAAUUUGGAUUUUUCUGUUAUAAGUUAUAACUGUAAAUGAAAGUUGUCUACAAUUAAUGAUCUCUAUUGACCGUAAAGACUGCCAGUGAUUGACUAGCAAUGGAUCCAUUACUGUCUCUAUUUGGAGGUGAGAUGGACAGCGAUGAUGACCUGAAUGGUCGCACACUGUUGUCGGGAAGUGCUUGUCUGCCUCCGGAGGUGGAGGAGGGGAACGUGGAGUAUAAGCUGAAACUCAUCGCACCAUCGAAGUCUAGAUUUGAGCAUUUGGUCACUCAAAUGAAGUGGAGACUCAGGGAAGGACACGGAGAAGCGAUAUAUGAGAUCGGAGUCGAAGAUAAAGGAUUACUAAUUGGUCUCUCAGACGAAGAUGUGAGCGCUUCGAUGCAAACGCUGUACUUAAUGGCCGAGAAAUUGGGCGCAACUCUGACUGUAUUGCGAGAGAGGAUUAUAACCGGAGAGGAAAACUCGAAAAUUCAUAAAUACACGGAUUGUCAGCAAAAAAGCCGGAAAGCGAUCGAAGUGUUGGUGCGGAAAGUGCCGGACGACCAGCAGACCAUUGAACUCAGGAUCGCUGUGUUGGGGAACGUGGAGACCGGCAAAAGCACUCUUCUCGGAGUCCUCACUCAGGGAGAGCUCGACAAUGGAAGGGGUAGCGCUCGACUAAACCUAUUCCGUCACAGGCAUGAGAUCCAAACGGGAAGGACUUCGAGUAUAAGCAAAGAGAUCUUAGGGUUUGACAACAAAGGCGUUCCCAUCACUUAUAAUGUGUGCCGAACUCCCGAAGAGAUUUGUGAAUUAUCUUCAAAAUUGAUUACAUUUAUUGAUUUGGGAGGACAUAAGAAGUACUUAAAAACUACUGUAUUUGGAUUAAUGGCUAUGAAUGGACACUACGCUGUACUUGUGAUUAGUUCUAUUGGAGGUGUCUUUGCCGGAACGACAAGGGAGCACCUGGGUCUAGCGCUGGCACUUGACGUUCCCAUUGUAGUAGUUAUUAAUAAAAUAGAUCUCACGAACAAUGACUCACUUUCUGCAACUCUCUAUCAAUUGGAGGAACUCCUAAAAUCUCCAGUUUGUAAAAAAAUUCCUGUCAAAGUUGACACUGAAGAUGAUGUGAUCACUUGUGCCAGUCGUCUCACGUCUGAUCAUAUAAUCCCCAUCUUUAUGGUCGACGAGACAUUUCAAGUGCCAGAAGUGGGUCCAGUUGUGAGUGGAUUAUUGAUAUCUGGAUUAAUAAAAGAAGGCGAUUGUCUCAAAAUGGGUCCUUUAGAUGACGGCUCGUUCACUGGAGUGCAGGUGUCGUCCCUCCAGAGGCACAAAGUGGCCUGUCGUUCAGUGAGGGCCGGAGAAAGCGCUACAUUGGCUCUCAAUAGAUAUAAUAAUCAAAUGGAUUUAGAAAGAAAUGUUCGCAAAGGAAUGGUUGUCAUUGAAAUGAAUGACCAAAAACAGAGUCAUAAAGUUUGUCAGUAUUUCCAGGCGAGGAUUCAUGUCUUAUUUCACGUGACAAUGAUAUGUCCGGGCUUUCAGACCACUGUCUAUAUUGGCAAUUUGUGGCCCACAGCCGAUGAGAAGUCCCUUCCGAGUCGGUUUCCGUAG